AUGGAUUCGAAAGUUAAUAAUCUCAAUAAAAAUGAUUUAUGUAUAAUCUUUGAACAAAAUGAAACUUUAUCAAAAUUACCGUCAGUUAUCAAAGGCGGUAAUAUUUAUCGUCUGCUGUUAACAAACGAAACAAAAACCGCAGUAGUCUAUCGUCAACUGAUUAAAGAUGACAGUUUAAAAGCAGUAAUUCGUAACAGAAAACAAAUAGCUGACAGAAGAAAAGCAAUAAUUAAUUCAUCCUGUAUUACUCAUGAUUAUCUGAGUGCUGGAAAAAUAAAAGGAAAUAUUCGUCGAUGGUUGUAUAAACAGAAUAAGAAUAAGAAGAAUGAAGAUCAAUAUCAACAUCAACAUGAUACUGAUUCCUUGAAUGAACAGCAGUUAUUGUUGAAUGUAGCAGCAAAUGAGAAUAUAUUAACAAUUGAUGAACAUGAACUAACUGACAGGCAAUUGGAGGAGAAUUCAGACAGUUCUGAAAAUGAAGAAGAAGAUUGUUUUGUUGAUAAUAACAUUAUUUCAACAAAUACUCAACAUAGAGAAAAAAUAAGAAGUCGAGCAGCGAGAUACAUUAAAGAUAUUCAAUCACUAUUAUUAAGUGAUUCAUUAGAAAUAUAUCAAAUGAAUUUGAUAGGCAAAAAGAAAGAAUGGGAUGCAUUGUUCAUCAAAUAUUUUGAUCGAAGUAUUGAAAAAAGAAUUAAACAAUUUGGGACGUUCAAAUUAAAACACGAAUAUGCCAUGUAUAAAAGAAAUAUAUCAUCAUUGGUUGAAAUUGAUAAUCAUGGAUCGUGUCAAAAUAGACAGUGUAGAUCAUUAUCUCAUAGUGGUACGAGAAUAUCAUCGAAUAAUGAAACAACAGCAUUGAAAGUAGAUUCAUCAAUAAUUUCUGCUCCAACCACUACUCAACGUGAUAGAGCGAUUUCGUCCGAAGAAAAAGCCGAAUUAUUAUUACUUCAUAAACGAGUGUCCUUCAGUGAUUCAACAGGUAUGUUAGAUACACUCAUAGAACGUUUUAUGUAA